AGCGAGAGGAACAGACACGGGGAUACGUAGGCAUCGUGUCGGUGGCCUCUGCGGCAAAUCUGCAGGUUUCCGUGGCGUGUGUGUGGGACGAUAUUAAUCGCGAAAAUCCGUGAAACGCGAAAGCGUGACAGUGGGUGGAAUCGUCGUGACCGUAGAGUUUGUCGUAUGCGAACGUUCGCGACGGUUACGGGGUUGCACGCAACGGGGGAUGAAAGUCUUUCAAUGGAGCGGCGCGAUCGCAGCAUCCGCUUGUCGGGUUUCGCCACAGACGUCCAGCUCAUCCACUGGGGCCAGCCAGCCGUGAGAAGGCUUCUCGUCCAGCGGGCCUCGCACGACGUGAUUGAUUGAUCGGCCAAGAGGAUAACAGAAAAGAACGUCGAUGCCAGUCGACGACCUCGCGGCCCAGGUGGGGGGUGUCCUCUCGUGAGAACGGGCGAACACACGUUCACACGGUGAGACUACGCGUGGAGAGGAAGCUGACAAGUGCAUCGUGCUCUUCGCAACGUUUCGUUUCUCCACGUUUCCUUGCGUAUCGCCGCGAGUGAGAUCUUCCCUGCGACCUGAUCCCCAGUUUCCAAUCGUCGCAUAAACGGAUGGCUCGCGAGGAUUCGUCGCGAGCGUCUCCUCCUGGGGGAGAAUAAACAAACGGACGGGAACCGUCCGGCAGGGGGAAAGGACAAACGAUAAAAAAGGACGGAGGGUGAGACAGUGAGAGCCGCGACUCUUCUCGCGAAUGAAGCAGUGCUUUCUCGUCUUUAAUUUUUCAACCAGCCCGCAAGCGACGACGCGAUUGGCCGGAACGCACCGACCACUCUCGACGACCAAGUACGCGUAAGCGAGUUUUGCCGCUCGAGAUCGACGCCGCUCGGUGGCACGGCUCGUGGGUGUCAUACGCACCACGCGCAAGGACACCGGGUGCGGAUAGGGUGCCGGACGAUCUUGCGUCGCGACCAAUCGAGCCCGAACACCCCUAACGAACCCGAAACACACGGGUUCGCCCGUGAAAGGUUCCAUUGAAUUGAAUUAUCCGGUUGUUGCCGCCGUCGCUCCUCGGCUGUGUCUUUCGCUGCCGGGCCUCUCGAGGACUUCCUGGCGGGUGCCGCGUACGGCAUCGAGGGGGAUUGAAAAUUAUCGCCACGGCUCCGCGGCCGAGUUCGUGACUAAUUUAUGAUCGAUAUAAAUUUCGCGGCGCAUUACGCGGGCAUACCAUUAGCGGCGUCAGCAAUUAAUAUGCCUUAGUAGGCGGGCAAACCCCGCGGCCUGGAAUCCUACAGGCGUUCGAGGCUCGCGCUCCACCGAUUCCGCGUCGCUCGUUCGGUCGCGACGGGGUGAAAGGAAAAAGAGAAGCGUUACAUAAUCGGGCGAUUGUUGCUCCUUUGUUGCAGAUUGAACCCGACGAGGCGUGCGAUCGGGAAAACUAGGCCGGCCGACGGUGAACGCGCGUGCAACGUAGGGCGCACUUAAUCAGAAUGAAAUCUAAGAACUCGUCGACAAUAGGUUCGUGAUGCCCGAAGGAGAACGGUCGGCGAAAUGAAAGCCCCCGAGAAACAAUGGAAGCGUCCACGCAAGCAUGACGGCCCCAUUCAGAUUCGCAGACGGCAUGCUUAGUGGUGGCCGAAGGAGACGCUCAAAUUUCUAAUCGGUGGAGAGGCCAUCCACAGGAUAGAAUAGCAGCUGCAGAAGAGAAACAGACUGUGGCAUGUUAGGGCCAACGCAACACCCUCUACGAGGGCGCAUCCUGCUUUCCCUCUUCUUUCUGCUCGGCACGUUCGCCCUGUUGUCCCGAGCGGCGGCCUUCCCGGAUUGGACGGACUGUCCAGCGGUAUGCAGGUGCAAAUGGACGUCCGGGAAGAAGUCGGCCCUGUGCCCUGACGCAGGCCUGACGUCACUGCCUGCGUCACUGGACCCCGACAUGCAGGUGUUGGACCUGUCGGGUAACAAGAUACCAGCGCUACAGUCGGAGAUCUUCAAGCGUUCCGGACUGCUGAACCUGCAGAGGGUGUUUCUGAGGAACGCCGGCAUCCAUGAGAUCCACGCGGACUCAUUCAGGGACAUGAGGAUACUGGUGGAAAUCGACCUGUCGGACAACCACGUGCAGGCCCUCGAGCCGGAUACGUUCCUGGGCAACGAAAGACUGAGGAUUCUAAUUUUAAGCGGUAAUCCUCUGGGCAUCCUGAGGAGUCACCAGUUUCCCGUUCUCCAGCACCUGCGGAACCUAGAGUUGCAGAGGUGCACGCUGUCCGAGAUCCACGGGGAAGCGUUCGUCCACUUGACCGGGCUGGAGUCGCUGAGGAUCGACCAGAACGAGCUGGAAUAUCUGGAGGUGUCGGUGAUAUCGCGUCUGUCGCGUCUGAAGACUCUGACCAUGGACGGGAACCGGUGGAGUUGCGACUGCAGGCUCCGCGAGUUUCGAGCGUGGCUGAUCUCUGACGUGCCCAACAAACUGUAUUCCGUGCCUCAACUGUGUUCAUCGCCGAAGCGGCUGGAGGGCCGCAAGUGGGAGGACGUGAAAUCCGCGGAGUUCGCCUGCGAGCCGGAGGUUUUCGUGCUGAGUAGCAGCAUACAAGAAGAGAUGAACGGGAACCUCAGUUUGGCCUGUUUGGCCACGGGUGAUCCCGAGCCGGAGGUCUGGUGGCAGCUGAACGGUGGCCCGGUGAACGCGACCAAACUGACCGAGCAGACUUAUUCGGGGACGUACAUCGCCUAUGCGACGUCCGACGCCGGAGCGGCCUACAACGACAGAUCCACCUCUGGGAGGAUCAUCGACAGAUGGAACAAUUUGACGGUCUACAACGCCAGCGACGGUGACGCGGGGGAGUAUGCCUGUUUCGCGAAGAACAUCGCCGGUUUGGCGAGGGACACGGUCAGUGUGGCUAUUCCGCGUGUGUACACAGCGCCGACGCUCUCUCAGAGUGACAAUUGGUUGUUGUGGGUCAGCCUGGCGGGCGGUGGUGCAGCCGCCUUGUGCGCCUCUAUUUCCGCCGUUUUACUGGCACUGUGCGUGUGUGGUGGGUCCCGUCGACACAGUGCUCGCGAGAAAGUGAAGCUCCAAGGCAGCACGAGCUUCGGCGACCAGGAGAAGAAGCUUCUCGACCUAUCCGUGACGACAACGACUCCGGGGAACAGCAACGAUCAAGGCAGCGGUCACGGUAGCCUGGUGGAGGCUUACAGCAGCGGCGACCUAGAGCUGGCGGAAAGAGGCUCGAUCUGCGAUCCCAUGAACGCAGCCACCGUUACCGUCGAGAGACUGAGACCGGAAGUGACCAGUGGUUCCGCGAACGCGAUGAGGGCCUUGCCAUGCGCCGCGAUGUUCCCGCCACCUCCGCCGGAAUUCACCAGCGGCGUUCUGCCCGCUGGAAUCUUCGGCAAUAUCUUCAUUUCCGUGUCCGUGCCCCAGGAUGCAUCCGAUCGCUGUUACCCGGACCUUCUCGACAUUCCUGUCCACGGCACGAGUGGCGUGGCGAACAAAGGAUCCGCCGCACUGGCGGCAGCCACCAGUGUGUCCAGCUUCGCGACGCUACCGCGACGAGCGUUGCGGUCGACCGAUCUCUGUUCGCCUUACGACAAUAUGGGGCCCCGCGUGACGGCCAAUGGAAGUUCCGCGUUUUCGCUGACGGACGUCGACCUACGGUUAUCGCCUCCUCCGCCGCCGCGAAUCAUCCAACCGCCCCACGAGUUCGUCUCCCUGUAAGGACACCCCCGGGGACCGGCUUUCGAGCAAAUAGUCGGUAUACUUGUUCAGAGCUCAUCCGUCGCUUUCUUCCCACGUUCAGUCGCGUCGUCCUUAAAACGGUAUCGUUCAUUGUGUUCGUUGUCGACAGUAUUCCAAGCGUAUCUGUAUUUUAUACGGUGAGCCAUCGGCCUACCAGGUUAGUUAAGCUAAACGGUGGUUUUCUACGGCUUUACAAUGUGUUUCAGUUGCCAAUGUCACUCUCAGCCUCUAUUGUCUUCACCUUUAGAUGUGGAAACGUUUACAAAAAUUCCAUUUCCAUUUCGAUAUCCUCGCAUCUUGAACAAACAUAACUGACUUGAUAAAUUGCGCACUUGUGAUUCCGCACCUUCGAUACGUGUUCGUUCUCGCCACUUGGUACGCGAAUGGCUCACAUUUUUAACCAUCAGACACCACUCCUCAAUCGUACAUUGGUUAAGGUUGUAUGCAUACAGGGACCUAGAAAGUUUGUAUCUCGUGCGUAUAUUAAAGACGUCCGGAAGGUUAUCGAAAGUAGUAUACAGAAUAUUUGAUCGAAUCCACUCCAGUUAUGUCUGUCCAACGUAUUCGAUUAUGUAAGACAUCGAGUUUCGAAACUGCACGUUACCUUCAUUCGAAAUCGCUCAAAGAGCAAAUAAUUGGCGUCCUUGCCUCGAGUCUCUGUUGUGGCUCUGCCCAAACGGAUCUUUCAUUUUGUAAAUAGCUUCGAAGAAAUUGGGAUU